CGGUGAGGAUGCUGUUAUUGGCGGGCACCGGUGGCCGAUUUCGCGUUCCCCGUCGCGCGCGAAGUCCCUCGCGAAACGCUGACGGCCGCUCGGCGAUUGCGGCGACGAGAGGCGGUGGCGGAGGUGUUAGGUCAAGCUUUGCUGUCACAAUGAGUCUCGGAGGUACUCAGGCCGAAGGCGGCCCCAGCUUCACUCUGAGCAUCCGUCUACUGAUGCACAGCAAGGAAGUUGGAAGCAUCAUCGGAAAGAAAGGAGAGUUUGUGAAGCGAGUCCGAGAGGAGAGCGGAGCUCACAUCAACAUCUCAGAUGCAAAUUGCCCCGAGCGCAUUGUGACAGUGACUGGGCCCAUGGAGUCCAUUUUCCUGGCCUUUGCACUGAUCACUAACAAGCUUGAAGAGGUAGACAUGGGCAGCACCCUGUCCGGUAGUGUGAUGAUGAGCCGCCCACCUGUAACUCUGCGCCUUGUGGUGCCGGCCAGCCAGUGUGGCUCGCUCAUCGGCAAAAGCGGAAACAAGAUCCAGGAGCUCCGAGAGUCGACUGGGGCGCAGGUGCAGGUGGCAGGAGACCUGUUGCCUAACUCCACUGAGCGUGCCGUUACUAUUUCCGGCACGCCAGACGCCAUCGUACAAUGUGUGCGACAGAUCUGUGUGCUCAUGAUGGAGUCUCCCCCAAAGGGAGCCACCAUCCCUUAUCGCCCCAAGCCAGUGUCUUCCAGCGCCCCUGUCAUCUUUGCUGGAGGCCAGGUCAGGGACCACUCCACCUACAAUGCAUACACCAUUCAAGGGCAGUACGCCAUCCCCAACCCUGAUCUGACGAAGCUGCAUCAGCUGGCCAUGCAGCACACUCCCUUUACACCCAUCAACCAGGCAUCCUCUGGCUACCAGGCAACACCGGGUGUUGACGCCAGUGCUCAGAUGAGCACCCACGAGAUCAGCAUCCCCAACAAUCUCAUCGGCUGCAUCAUCGGCAAGCAGGGCACCAAGAUUAAUGAGAUCCGGCAAAUGUCAGGUGCACAAAUCAAGAUCGCCAGCGCCAUUGACGGUGCCACUGACCGACAGGUCAUCAUCACUGGCUCCCCGGCCAACAUCAGCCUGGCUCAGUAUCUCAUCAAUGCCAGGCGCCAAGGAACAACUUGAGUGACGUCGGGCGUGGCAAGCGAGGAGCAACGCGGCCUGCCGCCGCAGGCCCCACACGGCUGCCUCGGCUCGGACUUUCGCCAGGCCUCCUGGACGCUGCCCCCGGGGCCGUGUACAGGUACACUGCCCUGAUGGUCGACGUGAUAGUCGGCAGCGACGACCGUCGAGUGUCCCCCCCCCUCCCCCAGGAGUAAAAAGCUGCACGUUCCGCCGCCAUUUCCGGAAGUACAAGCUCACUCUGAAGCCGCAAGGUCAAGCGAGAAAUGCCCCUCCACUUGCGGGCGGGUUCAUCCCUUGCCUCGGGUUGUAAAGUGCGCACCUGUCCGCGUGAAAGCCGUAGCCACGUUAGUAAUCUCCUUAAGGGCAGUGUCUGCACAAUGGGCGACAAGACUGCUUGGAUGGACGUGGUUGGUGUCCUGGUAUGAUGUCCUGUGUCUUAACCGAUCGGUUGCCACAAAGAUAAGUUUGAAAAACUUGAGACACGAGAGGAAGUGCGGUUCUGCCGAUCACCUUGUGUUAGCACGUGCUGCACACUCUAAAAAUGUUUUUCACAAAGGCUCGGCUUUUUGCCUUAGCCCAUGGAGCACCUGUGCCAGCACCAGUCUCAUUUUUUGUGGAUAUUCAGUGAGGCCGUGGCCUCUGGCAGCAUUGAGCUCUGGCUGCAGCCACGAAUGUUCAUGAGCACAAGACGGCUGUAGAGCCAUGUGGACCAGCAAAGAAUCUGCCUACAGCAGGAGAGGGAGGAGCAAGCAUGUCUCGGGUUUAGUUAAAGACCCGUUUCCAUCACCCAAGUUCCUCGACGCCGGGUACCCGAGAAUGGAAGUAAAAAGUUGGUCUCUGAAGACGGCCGUAAAUACAUUGCUGCCUUCCCCUGGUUAAUGAGCAUAACUUGAGGUGAUGUGACAAGUAGGUCACUCGGGUUGCCCAGUGGAGACCCUGGACGGAACUGCUGAACGGUGCUGACAAAAGUCCAUCCGUGUUCUGUUAUGUCCAUGCCCCCCGCUUAAGUCGCAAGCAUUUUUUAAAGAGACAUUGUGAAAAUGAUCCCCAAGUUCUCUCUAAAAAUUACUUCUUUAGCGUGAUUAUUAUCGCUUAUAAUUCGGAAAUGUAAAUAUUCCAAAGAGGGUUAUUCUUAGGUAAGCAUUUGGGCCAUGCAUUCCAAAGAUUCACUUCCAAAAUCGCAGCGGAAGAUCUGGGACUUCAAGGAGUUACAAGAUGGUUCCCACAAUUCCAAAGGAGUCUUCCCUGGCCCACAUUUGAUGCCUCCAUGAGCAAUGCUUGAAAACUGGUGAAGGGGGGACCCCCCCCCCCCCACCCCUCCGUGUGUGUGUGUGGAGAAUGGGAGCAUUUUGUGGACUGAUUCUUGGAAGUCUGAUGGCAAUGUUACGUGUUCCAUAGCACUUCAAACUAUGGUGACUUUUAAGCUCCAACCCUUGAGGAAGCAUCCAUGAAAAUUUCACAAAGGUCAGCAAUUACAUUUAAUAUUAGUUAAUAUUAAAAUAAUUAUUGAUGCUUUAUAUUUUGACUCCCGUUAUCAAGGAAGAUUUGUUUAAAGUUUGAGAGUUUUAAAAAUGUUAUUAAUUGCACGGUUAAAUAUAUUAUUUCUCAAUUGGUAUCAGCAUUAACGUUUAAAUGUAAACCGACGUAAUUUUACAUACAGCGUUGAAGCAAGUCAACUAGUAUUUUCUUUGCAGAAUAUAGUUACCGAUGUGGCUGGCACCACACGGAGGGGAGGAUUGAUGAGGGUUGACUGUGUUCACACACUGUGGCCCUUGACAGACAAAUUAGUGCACACGUGUACAGCGUGCCAUGUAGUCCGUCGGGAGGAAAGCGUCGCUAAAAAUCCUGGGGUUAUGUUUUUGUGAGGGUCCUGUAUUUGGAUAUUUGGCCAAUCCCAAAAAUGAGUAGCUUCUU